UUUCCUGUAGAGCAAGAAUCGUUGACCCACAAGUUAAAGCUGCUGUCUAGCUUUAACGUAUGUGAAUUAUUCAUUAGUAGGUUGGCCUCUGUAACAUACGAUUAAUUUGUUGUCGAAUCUUUUGUGAAUGAGAUGGAGGGUGCUUAAUUUGUUAGUGAAAGAAAAGUCAAUAAUGAGAAAAAGGGCAGAGAAGAAAACGCAAGAUGAAAGCUCAUCUGGAGAGUUCUUCAUGGCAGUGCCACUUUAAGAGGGGAGAUAGGUUGGAAGGGGUCCAAAGGGGAUCUGUACUAAACUUGGAACGGUUUAGCUGGUUUGAGCAAAGAAUCCGACGCCAUUUUCCGACACUAAGCGACGCCAAUCGACUGAAAAGGAGGGAGGCGUACGACGAUGGAUGAGAGCCAAAAGGAUAAGCUAAUCUGCUUGUUAAGGCAGGCCUUCAGGUUUCUUUAGUUUCGCAGUAGAAAUCAGGAGGCGAAGGCGUACGAACGAGUUGUACGCACCAUAUAGCAACUGCACCAUAUAUAUUUUUGGUCGGUGAGAACGUAGCGAAAGGAGCGGCUCCCUUCGGUGUGUUUUGGAUAUGACGGCUCCUUCCACCACCCAAAAGCUGACGCCUGCUGCAGAUGUAGGCACCGGAUCAGGGAGAAAAGUAGAGAAACAGCCGUCUGUACCCGGGAAAUCGCAGCCUGCACACGGCGCAGGUGGUGGUGGAUCAGAGGAGCCACCGCAUGCCCUGGACGUGGCACGCUUCCGCCGGCUGAACUCGCUCAUCCACCGUGAGAACGUGGACGCGAACAAACUCCUGCGUCUAGUGGAGCAGGAUAACCACGUGAACCUCAUGAACGACCCCUUGCUCAGCGUCGUCAUCGCCUGCAAGAAGCCCAAGCUCGCCUGCAGCCUCAUCGACAAAAUAUCAUCAAAUGACAUUCUCAAGGCCAGCAACUUAAACGGCGACACGGCGCUUCACGUAGCUGCCGCCAUGGACGACAAAGAAGUGGCCUCGAAGCUGAUCGACAGGGUGCCAGAUCUCGUUCAUAUGCAGAACGUGAAACAGGAGAUACCGCUACAUAAGGCGGCGCUGUACGGGCUGCUGGACAUGUUCUGGCUGCUGGUGGAAAAUAACAGCUCACCGAAAGCCCGGAGGGAGGACGGCGCCACCAUGCUGCACUGUGCCAUCAUGGGCAACGCGCCGGGUGAGUGAGUCGACGCAGGGCUUGCACUGGAGAUUGCAAAGCGUUUUCCAUUGCUGAUCACAUCGCGGAAUACUAUGGCGGUAACCCCGUUGCAGCUGAUGGUGACCGUUCCGGGGUUAUUCCGAAGCCAAAUGGUAAUUGGCGGCUUCGAGUCCAUCCUCCAUG